AUGAAUCACGAUGGUGAUGACCGUGAAGAUGAGUCGGAUGGCAACACGAACCGAGUCCUGCUUCAGCGGACCUCCGGCUUGGCGGGAAAGUCGCCUGUAUGCAUUGGACAAGGCUGCUCACCAUAUGCUCCAUACAUCCAGGCCAUUGACUCGACCUGCCUCUCUCCUGCCGACACUGUGAGCACGGUAACGAUGUCCAAGGCUGCCACCUCGCCCACCGCUCGACUGUUACAGAAUUCUCGACUUUUCUCCCUUCCGCGACCUUUACCACAACCUGCAUUGGAAAGCAUCUCAUCUACCGGACUGUACCGUGCGUCAGACACUGCGACAUCUCCAUAUCCAACGUACCAAGCCAUCGCCACACCGCCAUCAUCACACUUCCGAGGCGACUGGGGUCUAAAGCGUGCAUUGCCUAAGAAGGCGACAGCCAGCAGCACACCACAUAUUCGAGUGCGGGCACAGGACAACACCGAGCACAUCACCGAUUUCACCAGUGCAGCAGAUCAUACUCAGACCAGCGCCAAAUGGCAGGAACUGGGCGUGCCGAUCUUGAUACGGCAAGGGCGAGGUGAUCGAGAACGAGAACGGAUACCGAUUAGUGUGUUCGAGGAGGAUCUCGACCGGACUGAUGGCGCGGCGAAAAGGACAUGGAAGUGGAAUGGACCUUGGCUGGCGGGUAUGCAGGCGGGCGAGUUCGACCUGUUCGUCAAGAAUCUAGGGACGAGACGAGGGGUAGAUGGGAAGAAGGAUGCGAAGGGCAAGAGUCGCGUGCAUGAUUUCAAGGAGUAUGUGAAAGAGCAGAUAGUUGAGCAGGAGCUGGCGCAGGCUAGACGGAAGGCACUGGAUCAGGGCGAGUCUUUCUCACUAGAGCACAUCACGGAGCUGCGAGCUUCGAUACGACCAGACGACGAGCAGCUCUCAGUAGCGCUCCUACAGCUACGAGCGGACCACGCCAAGGACAGCCUCUCCUCUCAGCUGACCUCUUAUCUGACUGACUUCCUCGACCUCCCACCUGUGACGUCUGGUAAGGCGUCUCCAGGACCCGGUGCAUUCGGCAUGACACCCAAGAUGCAGAAACUCGUCGGUGGCCUAAACAGCGAGAACGACCUCAUUGAUAGUUCGCCGCCUACCACCCACCCAAGUGCCGGUCUCUCCUAUCUGCGGACGGCAGCCAUAAUGUCCAAUCAUCCACUUCACGGCCCACAAUCACAUCGCGCACCAGUACGCGCACGCGUCCUACGGACUCGCAUCAGUGCCACAGGAAGCGAGCAACACGCCAAACUCGGCGUGGCUGGUGUAGUCGCUGUGGACUCAGUCUCAAGCACCUUCAAUCCUAAUAAGAAGCAACUUGCGACCACCUUGUCAGACGAAAGACUUGGUGAGCCAAACCGCAUGGCCAACCAGCUGGACACCGAGCUAGAAGGAGGCAACAAGAUGUGGGUGCACCCGGACACAGCAUACGUCGACGAGAAGGGCCGCAUAAGGCUGGAAGUCCGCCGCGGUACGCUCGAAGCAGUCUCGGUGAGACAAAACGACGUGGAGUUCAUCCACGAACAGCGCAAGCAAGACUUCGGUGGUCCUGGCUCGUUCGGCCGUGGCUCAAUGCCUAGCGCCGCAGCGAGAUUCCCACCAGGUACCGCGAAUAACGCGAAUUAUGGUGUCAGUCUGCCUGAUAGGCAAACUCCUCGGGCAGCGCCACAGUCGGCUAUGUGGAGACAAGGUAGCCCGGCUGCGAGGAGGACUCCGGACUAUGCGAGUUCUGGCUUAGGCGCGAGGCGGUCGGACAUCAAAGGGUUCGACGAGGAGUUGGGUAUGGAAGGUAAAGGUGAACUGGAUGACGAAAGCGCGAUGAGUAAGAUUCGAGAGCUGGCAAAUGGACAACAGCGGUAG